UAGGUUAUUAUGUCAUGAUUUUACUGGUCCGGCCCACUUCAGAUCAACUUGGGCUGCAUGUGGCCCCUGAACUGAAAUGAUUUUGACGCCACUGCUUUAGUGUGAUGUCAAACAUUAGAAAGGCCUCCCUGCUGCAGUAAUUCUGAUGCCUGGUGACGUCUCCGUCGCUCCGCCGUCUGUUCUGGAGGUGGUCAGCUUUCUCGGCAGAACAGUUGGCGCAGGCGCAGCACUGACAGCUGCUGUCUACUUACUCCGCAAAGUCUGCUUAAUAAUGGCCUGGAAAUCUGGAGGAGCCAGCCACGCAGAGCUUGUCAACAACCUCCGCAAAAAUGGCAUUAUUAAAUCCGACAAGGUCUACGAAGUCAUGCUGGCCACAGACCGAGCUCAUUUCUCUAGGUGUAAUCCCUACAUGGACUCUCCACAGUCAAUAGGAUAUCAAGCUACCAUCAGCGCCCCACACAUGCACGCUUACGCCCUGGAGCUUCUCCAUGAUCAGCUGUACGACGGAGCCAAAGCACUGGAUGUCGGCUCCGGCAGUGGAAUCCUGUCUGCUUGCUUCGCACGAAUGGUUGGUCCCAAAGGGAAAGUUAUAGGCAUUGAUCACAUUAAAGAGCUGGUAGAUGAUUCUGUAACCAAUGUGAAGAAAGAUGACCCCAGUUUGAUAACAUCAGGCAGAGUUAAGCUAAUAGUGGGAGACGGGCGAAUGGGCCAUCCUGAAGAAGCACCAUAUGAUGCCAUUCAUGUUGGUGCAGCAGCACCCAAUGUCCCGCAAGCUUUGCUGGACCAGUUGAAGCCCGGUGGUCGGCUCAUUCUGCCCGUCGGCCCGGCGGGGGGAAACCAGAUGCUCGAGCAGUACGACAAGUUGGAGGACGGCAGCACCAAAAUGAAACCCUUGAUGGGGGUGAUUUAUGUGCCUUUAACAGACAGAGAAAAGCAGUGGUCCAGGGAUGAACUCUGAAGAGGAAGACCGCCCAUAACACACCUUUAAGUUUGAACCUGGAGAAAACUCGGAUGGGGUCGGACAGCCCUCGGCAUUUAAACAAAACAUGCUCUUUUUGUUUUAAGUCUAACGAUGGACUCAAGUAUCACAUUGGUGACGGCCCAGAGGGGCCGGGGAGAAAGACUGCUUGAAGCUCAGCACAGAAAUAUUUUUGUUUUUCUUUCCAGGCCUGCAUCUUUUUGGUUGUGUUUAUUUUCAACUGCUGGAUUUUCAUUUUUUGGUUUGUGGUUUCAUUAUAUUUGAAUUGCAAUCAGCCAUUUCUACAGUAUUACAUUUCAGCAGCAUCAGAGCUGAAUGUUUGAGGACUGCGGGACUUUGAUGAGGAAUCUGUUAAUUCACUUAGCUACAAGCGUGUGUGCGCGCGUUUGGACUAUCCAACUGUAGACUAACGUAUGAGCUUUUUUCCCUUAGCAGCAGUAUAAGAAUCACACACACACAGGCAACACGGGCUGAUGUAACUCACUCAUCCUGUUUGAUGUGCAGCACUCACAUCAUUCUACACAUAGAGUAAGACGUGGAUCAUACUGAACAUACUCCAAAGAGAGCACCGGCGCACACUCGCACAUAAACAGGGCUGUGCUUCUCACCUGGUGAUGUGUUUCUUUCUGCAGCUGAUUGGAUUUCCAUUUACAAUUUUGCGCAGGCUCUUCUGGUGACUGAUGCUCAACGAGCUUGUCACUGCUUUGCCAAAAUAAACUCCAACAAUACGAAGCAAAAUGAAUGUCUGUUUUCUUGCAGUUUAAAAGCACAUUUUAUUUUGAAUGAUGGAUGAUAUUUGGCUUUCACAGUUUCUGGAACUCAUGAAAAAUAAAGAGAUGCUUAUGUUUUU